CUCUCAGCUUUGCUACAGAGUAGCCGCCGCGUUUUCCUACCAUUACAACUAAUACAAAAACUUUCCAAGGUAAGUCUCUUUUUUAUUGAGAUAAAGAAAUUAAGAUCAUUGUAAAAAUAAUACAUCAUAUCUCAUUUUGAAUAAUAUUGUGUAAUACAGUGAUCAGGGCUAUCCUCUAUCCAUUCACAAAGGUGUCCUGCUAUAUAUCCUAUGCAUUUUCUAGCAUUGAACCCACAGCUGAUACCUUUUCUAUAUUCUCUUGCUACGCUUUAAUGGCAGUACGUAACUGAAUCGCUUCUGCAUCAUAGAUCCCAUCCAGUUUCGCUGAAAAGGGUUGCCAUCAGCACCAUUACAGUUUGAUCUGCAAAAAUUGCACCAUCAACACUGUCUUUAUACCCAGUAUCAUCUUCGUUAAUUGUCUCCAAAAUCUUUUCAGUAACACCUGUGAAUGAAAAGUUUCUUUAAUAUCCCUCUCAAUUCUCUUACUCCCUAUAAAAUAUACAACAAAGUCUAUGCAUUAAGCUAACCCAUAUAACAAAAAUACAACCUGUUUUUGUAUUAUUUCAUGGAUGACAUUGAAGUUCCUCAAUAUUUCAUCUGCCCCAUAUCCCUACAAAUCAUGAAAGACCCUGUGACUGCCAUAACAGGCAUCACAUACGACCGGGAAAGCAUUGAACACUGGAUAUUCACAAGCAAGAACGCAACCUGUCCAGUCACCAACCAACCAUUGCCAAAAGACUCAGACUUAACCCCUAAUCACACAUUACGCCGCCUAAUCCAAGCUUGGUGCAUCCUAAAUGCCUCAAAAGGUAUUGAUCGAAUUCCCACUCCUAAACCACCUCUCGACAAGUUUCAAGUCCUCAAACUCAUCAAACACCUUCGGCAGCCUGAGUUUCAGCUUAAAACUAUUAGGCAAUUGGCGUUACUUGCAGCUGAAAAUGAAAGGAAUAGGAAGUAUAUGAUAGAAGCAGGUUUGCCAAAAGAGAUGAUGUUGUUUAUUGUAACAUGUUCCAAACAAGGCCAAAUUGAUGGUCUUGAAGAAGCUAUUGGUGUGCUUAACUUUAUUCUAAUCCCUUCAGCUGAAACAAAGCAAAUUCUUGCCGAAAAUUAUCGUAUUAUUGAAUCAUUGACAUGGGUUUUAUGUUGUGAAAUGGAAAAUCAUCUCACUAUGAAAUCUCAUACGAUGUUAGUGUUGAAGAAAAUCAUUGAAGCUACAAGCUCGAGUGUACUAGAAAGACUGAAACCUGAAUUCUUUACUGGGAUUGUAAGAGUCUUAAGAAGUGGGAUUACUCAACAAGGAAUUAACGCCACUUUGCACGUGUUGUUAGAGGCUUGUCCAUGGGGUAGAAAUCGAAUCAUGAUGGUUGAAACAAACACAGUUUAUGAGCUCAUUGAGCUUGAAUUGGGUUUUCCUGAAAAGCGGACCACAGAGCUGAUUUUAGGUAUACUAUUUCAUUUAUGUUCUUGUCCUGAUGGGAGAGCUCAGUUUUUAAGUCAUAGAGGAAGCAUUGCAGUGGUCUCUAACAGGAUCUUGAAGGUUUCACCAGCAGUAGAUGAUCAAGCAGUUUCGAUUCUUUCAAUGAUAUGUAAGUUUUCCGGGACAUAUAUGGUGCUUCAAGAAAUGUUGAAGGUAGGGGCUGUGUCAAAGCUUUGCUCAUUGCUCCAAGUUGACUGUGCUACAUCUUUGAAAGACCAUGUAAGGAAAAUCCUCAGCUCACAUUUUCAGAAGUGGAGGGACUCUCCUUGCAUUGGUGGAUCUCAAGGUAUCAAUCCUAGUUAAAAUGCAAUGCUUUUACAUAUAUAA